AUGGAUGAUAGAGUAAGAUUAAAAGUGUAUUACCAUGGCCAAAUUUUAUUACAAACAUCAGAAGGAGUAAAGUUUGUGUGUGAAAAUCCGUUGGAUAUUAUUAUUCCGUUCACACUUUCAUUUGAAGAAUUAAAAGGUGUCAUUUCUGAGAAGAUAGAUUCUCAAAUAUCUAGCAGAGUGUCGUGUGUUCUGUACAGAUAUCCUGUACCUGUCUUUGGUGGGUUCGUGCAAUUUCAAACGAAAUACGUGACCGACGAAGAGAGCAUGCAAGAAAUGUUUUCAGUGUAUCUUGCAAGUCGGUCGCGAAUAUCGUUCAUCGAACUGUAUGUCGAGUUCGAGCAAUCUGCAGUGGACCGAGACAUUGAAUUGGAAGAUUACAACAGUGAUAGUGAAGAAGAGUUCGAAAGUAACUACGAGGUUGUUGAUCCGGGUGUAGACGAAGAUCAAGCUGACGAGGCUAUGGUGGCAGAUGUGUCGGAUGUAGCAAAUGCACUAGCAAACCAGCAGCCUUUUGUGGAGCCGAGUUUCAUGCGGUCGUUGGAUUUGGAGGCUAUGCAUGAGCCGGAGUUUCCUCAAUAUGUAAAUGCAGCAGAGCUUCCCCUUAUGCCUGAUGGCGAAUUUACUGUGGGAAUAGAGUUCAGUUCUAGGGAGGCAGUAAUUAAGGCGAUGAAAGAUUAUACAAUCCGCAGAGGUGUAGAUUAUCGGGUGUAUGAGUCAGAACCGACGACAUUCUAUGCUAAAUGCACCCAGGCCACCAUUUCUCAAGAUCAUUCGAAGCUGGAUUCCAACACAGUUGCAGAAGCAAUAAAGCCAUUGGUAGAAGUUGACCCGUCUAUAAGGGUGAAAUCAGUGAUUGCGGAAGUACAUGCAAAGUUUAACUACACCAUAAGUUAUCGCAAAGCAUGGUUGGCAAAACAGAAGGCAAUGGAGUCAAUUUUCGGUAGGUGGGAAGCUUCGUACGAAGCUUUGCCGAUAUGGUUUGAGGCUAUGUGUCACAAGGAGCCAUCCGCAGUCGUUCAUUUUGAAACGAUGCCUGCGUAUCAGGGAGAUGACUUGGUUCCUAAUAUUCGUGUACUACACCGAGUCUUAUGGAGUUAUUACCCUUGUAUUAGAGCAUUCAGACAUUGCAAGCCAAUAGUGCAAGUAGACGGAACUCAUUUGUAUGGAAAGUACAAGGGUUGUUUGUUGGUUGCAGUCUCACAGGAUGGCAACAACAACAUCGUGCCGAUUGCAUUUGCGAUAGUUGAGGGAGAGACAUCUGAGGCUUGGCACUUUUUUCUGAGUAACCUGAGACAGCAUGUUGUGACACGUGAUGGUGUCGGCCUUAUCUCCGAUCGGCACGAUUCCAUUAGAGCUGCUAUUGCUCGCAGUAAUGGAGCUUGGUCUCCUCCAAGAGCAUUCCACAUGUUCUGUAUCAGACACAUAGAGUCCAACUUUCUCAGGAAAUUCAAGGCUCCGUAUCUGCAGAAACUAUUCGUCAACAUCGGAUACUCGCGAACAGUUCGCGAGUACGAGACACGGUAUCAGCGUUUACGCGAGCGGGGUGAGGCUUAUACCAACUGGUUGGAUCGGAUUCCGCGUGAGCAGUAUGCGUUAGCGUUUGAUGGGGGAUAUCGAUGGGGUCACAUGACAACCAAUCUAGUGGAAUGCAUCAACUCGGUUCUGAAAGGGGCUCGCAAUCUUCCAGUCACGGCACUUGUUAAGGCAACGUUUUACAGGCUUAAUGAGUUGUUCACCCGGAAAAGAGUAGAGGCCGAGGCUCGAAUUAACGCAGGACAUGUGUUCUCUGAGCUUGUAACCUCCAAACUGCAUGCGAAUCAGCGGGCAGCGGGUAACAUCCAAGUUAGUUGCUUUGACCGACAGAACGAGGUAUUCGAAGUGCGUGAGUGUCCCAGUGGUGUGGAGUAUGCAGUGGACCUCCGUCGUCAACGGUGUGACUGUGGUGAAUUCCAAGUGGACCGGGUUCCGUGUCGACAUGUGUUUGCUUGUUGUGCAAACCAACGGCUGGAUUGGCAACUGUAUGUGCAUGAUGUCUACAAGAUGGACCAGGUUCGACGAGUGUAUAGGGCUAGGUUUAGGCCCCUCGGGAAUCCCACAACAUGA